AUGAUUCCAGAUAAAGGGAUGCCUUCAAAUGCUCAAAAAACAGUGUUGUCCACUCCAGACCUCCUUAUCUCCAUUCUAUCUCAGCUGCCUCACUCCUCGUUACUCAAAGCCAAACUUGUCAAUAAAACAUGGGCAAGCCUUUUCAAACACGUCGAAAUCAAAGCUGCUUUAUUUGAGCGCCCUCGGCCUAAAGGAUCGGCUUUGUACACAGAAACAUAUUCUGAUGUAUUGAUGAAUAAGUUCUCAACUUUUUGGCCAAUCAACGGAGAGGCAUCAGACAGAGUGGGUAUUCCAGAGAGUAAUGUCGAGAAGAAACUUCGUUCCAAGGAAAGCAACGAAAUGCCUGUCGAUGUACCGAAAAUUUAUGAUCCGUCAGAGAUACAUCUACAGGAAACAAUGGCUCUUCAACCACGGCCACACGGACACAUAGACAAGUGCCGCAAUUGGCAAUGGCGACAACUUCUUGUCUGUCAACCAGCUGUCGAAGUUCUAGAGAUUGUUCAAUAUGUCAAUCGACGUGUAGGCUGUGACUUAGAAUUCCGAACUAUUAUCCCUCGUUCUAACGGCUUGCGGAUGGGGUUUCUUUAUGAUGCUGUAAGGCAUUGGUUUAAAGUCGAACGAAGCUUUGAGGUUAACCUGCUCUGGAAUAGGAAAACCGGGGACCUUAUCAACAACUUUGAUACUUAUGAAGGUGGUCCUAGUUACAAGACGGCUGAAGACAAGCCUUGCGUAACUAUAUGGGGAAUGACAAGUGUAGGAUGUGGACAAUGGGGCGGGGUUACAUUCGAGAAGUAUUGUGGUGGAUCCGGAGUAGAUCCAAGAGCUCAGGUUAUAAAAAGUGGUGAUGAGGAGGUAGAGUAUUCCAUGUCGGAACCCAAAGUACAUGGCGUUGAUGACGGGUUACUCAGUGAUUAUCUGGAAGAAUUUUGGCAUGCAAGAAGUUUGAGAGUCCUAAAAAUUUGGGAGCAACAAGCCAGUGGAGAAAUGACUAGUCGCCAUACGGAGCAGCCAGUCUCCGCUGGUCCUGAGGGGACCUCUCCAAAUGUUCCGCUAUUCGUAUCACCAUUGCCUUCAGCAGGCUCAGUUUCAUGCGGAAACUGUGUAGAAAGUACCUAG